AUUCCCUGAUGGGCAGAGUCUCUGCCCGCCAUACAUAUGUUGCCCAGCAGCAUCAGCUUUGAUUUUCCCCUCACAAAAAUAAAAACAUAAAAAUAAAUAUUCCCAGGCAGCUGAUAUAUGGUGGCAUGUUGCCUCAUGUGCCAGGUGGCCGUCGCCGUCGAUAUGAGCCGCUGUGCUGCUCCACCUCCCCAUCUCUGCCCCCUCAAACCUCCCCACCUCUCUGCUAGCUCCGCCAAGCCCUUCGGAUUCUCCAUCCACCGAAACCACCACCGGCUCAAGCGGCGGCUCAAGUUCGUCGUCAGUGCCGAGCUCUCCAAGCCUUUCUCUCUCAGCUUCGGCUUGGAUUCUCAGGCGUCGCAGCUUGAUGAUCCGGCUGCGUCGCGGCGGCUGGGCCCUGUGCCGGGGGACAUUGCUGAAAUUGAGGCAUACUGUAGAAUCUUUAGAGCUGCUGAGCGGCUGCACACGGCAUUGAUGGAGACAUUGUGCAAUCCGGUGACCGGAGUGUGCAGCGUUUACUAUGACUUCCCGUCGGAGGAGAAGCCGCUGCUGGAGGACAAGAUUGUGUCUGUGAUUGGUUGUAUGGUGUCACUGCUGAACAAAGGAAGGGAGGAUGUGCUCUCCGGAAGAUCCUCGCUUCGACGAGUUGUGGACGUUGGAGUUGCGGUGGUGGAGGAUAAGCUUCCUCCACUUGCUGUUUUCAGGAGUGAGAUGAAGAGGUGCUGCGAGAGCUUGCACGUCGCGCUGGAGGACCGGUUGAUGCCUGGGGAUAGUGUGGAUGUGUGGAGGAAGCUUCAGAGGUUGAAGAAUGUGUGUUAUGAUGCUGGUUUUCCCCGGGAGGAGGAGGAUCUUCCAUGUAAUACUUUAUUUGCGAAUUGGGGUCCUGUUUACUUGUCCUCUUCGAAAGAGGAUGUUAUGUCCCACGAUGAGGUAGCAUUUUGGAGGGGUGGCCAGGUGACAGAAGAAGGUCUGGAGUGGUUGCUGGAGAAAGGGUUUAAAACUAUUGUUGAUCUUAGGGCAGAGACUGUAAAGGACAAUAUUUAUCAGGCAGCUGUAAACGAUGCUAUUGCAUCAGGAAAGGUGGAACUGAUCAGAAUUCCAGUUGAAGUUGGGACUGCACCUUCAAUGGAGCAGGUUGAGAAAUUUGCAAGUUUGGUUUCGGAUAAUACCAAAAGGCCAAUCUAUCUUCAUAGUAAGGAAGGUCUGCAGAGAGCAUCUGCCAUGGUAUCCAGAUGGAGGCAGCACUUCACUCGCCGUGCUGUGCAAUCUGUCUCCAAGCAGUCGGUUUCUCUAAAUGGAGAAGUUGAAAAACCCUCAACUAGGGAGAAAAUUCCCCUCCUUGAAAAGAAGAUUGAGUCACCGGACACAGUCCAUGGUCCAAAUGGGGUUCUGCAAAGAAAUGAAUCUGUAGACAGGGAUGAAGGAAGUCUAAAUGGGACCUGCAAUGGCCUUAUGUCUAUCCAACGUAUGAAAUCAGUUGAAUCAGAUAAAAGUGGGGAGACACUUUUGGUGAACUUUAACAGGGAAGUUGACCCCCUGAAUGCUCAGGUUCCUCCUUGUAAUGUGUUCUCAAGAACAGAAAUGUCCAGCUUUCUUGCGAGGAAAAAUGUUGCACCUCUCACUUAUUUUAAUUAUCAGUUAAAUAGGUUGGAGGUGUUACCAAUUGCCAGAUAUAUGAAUACUAAAAUAAUGUGGAGAGGUGAGAUUGUUGGUCUGGAACCAGUGCAUGAGAUUGUGGAAGCAGAAAAUUCAAAUGAGAUUCCUGAUGCAAACCAUCUGCUUGCAGAGUCCCAGAUCUCUGCUUCUGGCAAUGGGGCAUACUUGACUGGUGCUGGUAAUAGUUCCGUGACUGCCGUUGUAAAUGGAUUUGGUGAAGGGGAGAAUGGUUCCUUGUUGGCCACUAAUUCAUCUACUAAUGUGAGCAACAAUCAUUCUGAGAGUGUCUUAUCUAAAGUAGUGAAGGAGGUUAGUAAGAGUAAUGGUCAAGCCCCUUUAGUUUCAAGUGAUGAUGAAUUGGGAUCAAUUGAAGGAGAUAUGUGUGCUUCUGCAACUGGCGUUGUAAGGGUGCAGUCAAGAAGGAAAGCAGAGAUGUUUUUAGUACGAACAGAUGGAUUUUCUUGUACCCGAGAAAAAGUGACAGAAUCCUCCCUGGCCUUCACUCAUCCAAGUACUCAGCAACAAAUGCUUAUGUGGAAAUCUACACCAAAGACAGUAUUAGUGUUAAAGAAGCUUGGGCAAGAGCUCAUGGAACAAGCUAAAGAGGUUGUCUCCUUCUUGUAUUACCAAGAGAAAAUGAAUGUUCUGGUGGAACCUGACGUGCAUGAUGUAUUUGCUAGAAUCCCAGGUUUUGGAUUUGUUCAGACCUUCUACACCCAAGAUACCGGUGAUCUGCAUGAGAGGGUUGAUUUUGUGGCAUGUCUGGGAGGGGAUGGGGUAAUACUCCAUGCUUCAAAUCUAUUCAAAGGUGCUGUUCCCCCCAUCGUAUCGUUUAAUCUCGGAUCUCUUGGAUUUUUGACUUCCCAUACUUUUGAUGACUACAGGCAGGACUUAAGACAGGUCAUCCAUGGAAAUAACACACGUGAUGGCGUUUAUAUAACCCUCAGAAUGCGUCUCAGGUGUGAAAUUUUUCGAAAUGAUAAAGCAAUGCCUGGAAAGGUAUUUGAUGUCUUGAAUGAGAUAGUUGUUGAUCGAGGUUCAAAUCCAUACCUUUCUAAGAUUGAAUGUUAUGAACGUGACCAGCUUAUAACCAAGGUCCAAGGUGAUGGUGUCAUUGUAGCCACUCCUACAGGAAGUACUGCUUAUUCUACUGCUGCAGGAGGUUCCAUGGUCCAUCCAAAUGUUCCUUGCAUGUUGUUUACGCCAAUCUGCCCGCACUCCCUCUCAUUUAGACCAGUUAUACUUCCUGAUUCUGCAAGCCUUGAAUUAAAGAUUCCAAAGGAUGCACGAAGCAAUGCCUGGGUUUCUUUUGAUGGUAAGAGAAGGCAGCAACUUUCAAGAGGAGACUCGGUCCGAAUAGCUAUGAGCCAACACCCACUUCCUACUGUCAACAAGCGUGACCAAACAGGUGACUGGUUUCGAAGUUUGAUCCGUUGCCUGAAUUGGAACGAGAGGCUAGAUCAGAAGGCCCUUUGAAGGAGUCUGUACACUGUUGUAUUUGUACAUAUUGUCAAUUAGAAGAAAUCAAACUUAGAGCAAAUAUAUUAUUUCACAAAUGCCCCCCCCCCCCCCCCCCCAAGAGGGUAGAAUUUUACGUAUACAGUAUAUAAUGUUCUUCUCUCUUGUUAACGAUGUAUUUGUACGCUGUACGCUGUCACUACAA